AGCAGUGUAGGAAGUUUUCCGCCACGAAAACGACACCGAUUUAUCGAAGGCUCGAACAUUUGGGGAGCAGAACGGUAUGGACUCUCCAGACAGAAUUGAAAGUCCCAGUUCUGUGACCAAAGAACAAAAUGUGGCUUCAGAAGAGAGACCAUCAGUGACUGACUCGACUGAGAGAAGCCCCCAAGAUAGGCCACAGGCCAGUCCUGCGGCCCGCAGCUCCUCCAGGAGCUCAGCCUCGAGCAGCUCAGACAGCACCAGCGGCAGUAGUAGUGAUGAAGAUGAUGAACACAACGGAGCACUGAGGAAGAUUAGAAGCAGCGUGGCCCAGAUCAAAAGAUCCGGGUCCAAAGAGCAAGACAGAUCCAAGUCAAUAGAGCGAGACAGAUCUAGAUCCAAAUCCAGGUCAAAAGAUAGAUCGAAGUCCACAUCCAGAGAACAAGACAGAUCCAGGUCUAGGUCCAAAGAACGAGGCAGAUCUGGUUCCAAAGAACGAGACAGGUCCAGGUCCGGGGGAAGAGACAGGUCCAGGGGAAGAGACAGGUCCAGGUCCGGAGGAAGAGAUGGAGACAGAUCCAGGUCCAGAGGAAGAGACAGAUCCAGGUCCAGGUCCAGAGGAAGAGACAGAUCCAGGUCCAGAGGAAGAGACAGAGACAGAUCCAGAUCUAGAGAGCGGGACAGGGAGCGCUAUGACAGAGGACGCUAUGCAAGAGAUCGCUAUGAUGAUCACCGUGAUGACAGGAAUGGGCGUUUUAACAGACGGCCCUAUCGGGAUGCAGAGUCAGAUCACAGGAGGCGUGGACGCUCACCUCCCUCUUCGACAGACAAGGAGCCGGUGGCAGCAGAAGAGCCUCCAGUCAAGAAAAAGAAAGAGGAAAUUGACCCCAUCUUGACAAGAACUGGUGGAGCCUACAUUCCACCCGCCAAGCUACGUUUGAUGCAGCAGCAAAUCACAGACAAGAACAGUUUGGCCUAUCAGAGGAUGAGCUGGGAGGCUCUGAAGAAAUCAAUCAAUGGUUUGAUCAACAAAGUCAAUGUGUCCAACAUUGUCAUGAUCAUCCAGGAGUUGCUGCAGGAGAACGUUGUCAGGGGAAGGGGUUUGCUAUCUCGCUCGGUGCUACAGGCUCAGGCUGCAUCUCCGAUCUUCACUCAUGUCUAUGCUGCCCUCGUUGCCAUUAUCAACUCCAAGUUCCCUCAGAUUGGAGAGCUAAUCUUGAAGCGCCUCAUCCUGACCUUCAGGAGGAGCUACCGCCGCAACCUCAAGCAACAGUGCCUGACCGCCUCAAAAUUUGUUGCUCACCUCAUCAAUCAGAACGUGGCUCAUGAGGUUUUGUGUCUGGAGAUGCUCACUCUGCUGCUGGAGCGACCAACUGAUGACAGCGUGGAGGUUGCCAUCUCUUUCCUGAAAGAGUGUGGACUCAAAUUGACCGAGGUCUCCCCCAGAGGAAUCAAUGCUAUAUUUGAGCGUCUCAGGAAUGUUCUCCAUGAGUCGACCAUCGAUAAGAGAGUCCAGUACAUGAUUGAGGUGAUGUUUGCUAUCAGAAAAGACGGUUUCAAAGAUCAUCCAGUGAUUCCUGAUGGCUUGGACCUGGUGGACGAGGACGACCAGUUCACCCACAUGCUUCCACUGGAGGACGAGUACCUUGCUGAGGAACAACUUAAUGUGUUUAAGUUGGAUCCAGACUUCCAGGACAAUGAAGAGAAAUACAAAACCAUUAAAAAAGAUAUCCUGGAUGAGGGCAGCAGCGAUUCUGGGGAGGAUGGAGAUGGUAGCGAUGAAGAUGAGGACGAAAACGAUGAGAAUGAGGCGGUGGACGAAGAGGAGAAGGUCACCAUCUUUGACAAAACAGAAGUCAACCUGGUUGCUUUCAGAAGAACCAUCUACCUUGCUAUACAGUCCAGUUUGGACUUUGAGGAGUGUGCCCACAAGCUGAUUAAGAUGGACUUUCCUGAUAGCCAAACGAAGGAGCUGUGUAACAUGAUCCUGGACUGCUGCGCUCAACAGAGGACCUAUGAGAAGUUCUUUGGUCUACUGGCCGGGAGGUUCUGUCUGCUGAAGAAGGAGUACAUGGAGAGUUUUGAGGGGAUUUUCAUGGAGCAGUACGACACAAUUCACCGACUAGAGACCAACAAACUGAGGAACGUGGCCCGACUGUUUGCUCACCUGCUCUACACAGACUCUGUUCCCUGGAGUGUGUUGGAGUGUAUCAGGAUGAGCGAGGAAACCACAACAUCGUCCAGCAGAAUCUUUGUGAAGAUCCUUUUCCAGGAGCUUUGUGCCUACAUGGGCCUCCCCAGACUCAACCAGAGGCUCAAAGACCAGACACUGCAGCCGUUCUUUGAAGGUCUAUUCCCUCGUGAUAAUCCCAGAAACACACGCUUUGCCAUCAACUUCUUCACCUCCAUCGGACUGGGAGGGCUGACUGACGAGCUGAGGGAACAUUUGAAGAACGCUCCAAAGAUGAUCAUGACACAGAACCAGGAAGUUGAAUCCUCUGACUCCUCGUCGUCGUCAUCUUCUUCAUCCUCCUCCUCAUCUGAUUCCUCGUCCUCGGACUCCUCCAGUGAGUCAGACUCUUCGGACUCUGACUCUUCCUCCAGCAGCAGCAGCUCAGACUCGGAUGCCAAACACAGGAAGAAGAAGAAGAGAAAAGGAGAAGAGAAAAGAAGUGCGGAGAUGAAGAAGACCAAGAAGAAGAAGCAGGAGAAGGACAAGAAGAAAAAGGGCAAGGCCAAUGACAAGAAGCAAAGCAAACACAAGAACAACAAAGACGAGGAAGAUGACGGUGAGAAGCGGGCGAGGAAGCACGGGAAGAGCCGGGCACAUGAGGAGCGUGAGCAUGCACAUGAGGCACAGGAGCGAGGACGUGCACAUGAGACACAGGAGCGUGCACGUGAGGCCGAUGACCACGAGCGUGCACGUGUGCCGCGUGAGCGCGCACGUGAGGCCGAUGACCACGAGCGUGCACGUGUGCCGCGUGAGCGUGCACAUGAGGCCGAUGACCACGAACGUGCACGUGUGCCACGUGAGCGUGCACGUGAGGCCGAUGACCACGAGCGCUCACGUGAGGCAACCCACCGGAGUAGACGAGACAAAAGAGCCGACGACGACGAGGAGCCGCCAAGAGAGGUCGAGAGGAGACAAAAAAUGGACGUUCAAAGCAGGCAAAGAGAUGGAGAGAGGGAGAAAGAGCUAGACAGAGGGAGGGACAGAGAGCGAGAACGAGCAAGGGAAAGAGAAUAUGAUGAGAAGAAAGAUGGGGACAGAGAGAGGAAUAAAGAGAACACCGACAGGAACAGGGAAAGACACGAGAGGAGGAGGAGAUAAAACUCAUCUCUCCAUCUUGAAGAAGCAGUGAUGGACUGAUGACUGACGAAAAGUCAAUCUUUUCCUUCUGUCCCACCCUCCCUCACCCCAUCCUGUCGCUCUGCUGUUUGGGACCCAUUCAUUUCUUUCCUUCUUUCUGUCUAUAUUUUGUAUUCUUAAUUGUUUUGUUGAUGAAAUGAGAAAAAAAAAAUUAAAGUUGAUUUA